CUGAAGCCCACGGGGAUGAAUUUAUUUUCCUUUAUGUGACACUAGAUGGUUUAAUAUUUACGGAAAACACGCAUGGAUGGAUAUUCCUUUGCAUUCAAAUGAAGCGGAUGUGUGCAUUUGAUUCCAGGGGUCAUUGACAUUUAAGUCUUGCUGAACUCCACUAGCACUUUUACGUCCUUCAUCGAUUUAAACGUAUUCCACCAUCUGAGACUACACGCUGUAGCUUUUACAAUUAUGGAUUUGCAUACCCAUUCAGACAACAUAAGUUCUUUCCAUGGACAGCAGGAAUGGGUGUCGACAUCUUUUCAAAGUCCAAACAACCAUGAAGUUCUGAGCGUAUCGUCUCUGGUCCCUUCCCCAGUCUUUACACUCAUACCAAGCUGCCACACCACAACUAUUGGAAACCCAUACUCUGAAUCUCCUUCUUCAUCUAAUGCAUCAGAAGAGAUCAAACUUCCUGAAACUUUUAGUUCAGAAUUUUUAGAAGCUCAGGAUAAAAGAACUACAUCCACACCAAUUUCUGAAAGCAUUAAUCCUGCAGAGGUUCAGCAAAGAAAGCUGUCAGAUGGAAACCUAGUGGAAGAGAAAUCCAUACGUUUAAUGUUGCCCAAGGAUGUCCACAGUGAAGAAACAGGUGCAAACCACUGUGCCUUUUCAUCUCGUAAACUGCUUGUAAUACUGGGAAUCCCACUUGGUAUUAAGCUGAUCAUCAUUUCUGCUCUCUUAGUCAAGUUUCUGGCAUUCCCAUCUGAGGCAGCUGAAUCACCUCCUCCCUGUUGCACAGGAUGGAGCUGCAGUGUCCCAAGUCAGCUGCCUCAUCUGUCUAAGAACCCAGUCAACCAGACAGGAAACAUCACUGCAGACUGCCAGGUUACAAUCAGUGACGGCCGACGCAUUGUGGGUGGGACCUUAGCAGAAGAGAACAAGUGGGGUUGGCAAGUCAGCAUGCAGUGGAGGGGAAAACAUGUCUGCGGAGGUGCCAUCAUCUCCCCUCAUUGGGUCAUCACUGCAGCUCACUGCUUUGUUGAGAACAACAUGUUUGAAGUAGCAGACUGGUUGGUGGUGGUGGGCGCAGUGAGCAUCGCACAGAACUCCCCGGGGAAACGCCACAGAGCCCUGCAGAUCCAUUACCACCCUCAAUUUAACAGGCAAAACAAUGACUAUGAUGUGGGGCUGCUGCGCACCAUCACUGACAUGGACAUGACUGGUGGGGUGCGGCCAGUAUGUUUACCGAGACCAGAUGAAUCUUUUCCUCCUGGGGCGUCCUGCUGGAUCACAGGCUGGGGAGUUACCAGUGAAGGAGGGUUUGUGUCAGAGGAUCUACGGCAGGCUCAAGUCAAAGUAAUAGCUCAGUCCAUUUGCUCUAGACAGGCCGUCUAUGGGGCCUUCAUUACUCCACGGAUGAUUUGCGCUGGCAACAUCCUCGGGGAAGUGGACUCUUGCCAGGGAGACAGUGGAGGACCGCUGGUGUGUGAGACACCUAACGGGGACUGGAGGCUGGCUGGGGUGGUGAGUUGGGGAGAAGGCUGUGCACGGUCCAAUAAACCAGGUGUCUACAGCAGAGUAACCCACCUGCUCCAGUGGGUUGAAGGCUUUGCAGAGAUUAAACCAGAAGAAAUGGACACAACAACUAUUGUGAAGGAGACCUCAUCAGUAACCAGUUCUUCUCUGAUAUAACUAACAAUAAAGAUUAACAUGUCAUACAUCUGCCUUUCAUGUUGUUGGUGUUAUCAGUAAACACAACUGUUGUUAGGCUAUUAUAACAGAUAAUAAUGAUUUAAAGAGGUUUCAAGAGAGUUGCAAUGAAAUGCAGAAACCAA